AUGCUGUCAGAAAAGAGAAACCUGGUAUUCGAACUCGUUUUGGACCCUGAGGUGAUCAAAUUUACGCAUAUGCAAAAUGCGGCGUCCUGGAGACCCGAUUUCAUGACUAUGAUGGAUUACACGCAGAGAGAACGUAUGCUAGGAUCAUGUGAAGUAUCAAAAGCUGAUGCUUCUCAAGAAAUGCAAACUAGAUUCCCAGAUAGCAGUCAAUACCUUGGCAUCAAGUACUACGUGCUGAAAGACCUGGAUCUACCCCAUACGUCAAAGACAUCUCAAAUCGUUUCGAGUUGUGAAACGCUGAACCGUGUGGGGUUGGCAGUAACGCCUAAAUCGCAAGGCGCUGUAAGACCUGUGCUCACGGCCUGUAUUGGAGGCGUUUUCACGAUCCCGGAGCACAGAGGCCGCAAAUAUGGUGGAGAAAUGAUAAAGCGACUCAACAAAUAUCUCGACGGCAUUUCUAGCCCACCGGACGCUCCAGAAUUUGUGCAAGACAUCGUCACCGUUCUUUACAGUGAAGUGGGUGAAUUUUACAGCAAAUUCGGUUACGUUUCGCGUCCCGUUCCUCUGCACACGGUCGAAGCUCUGGACGAGAUCCUGGACUCGUAUUGCGGGGGUGACAGCGUCGCUCGUAAAGACGGCUACAAUAUUGGUUUCGACUGCGGCGACCAUUUGAUAGACUUAGAAAAACAAGAGUUCGUGCAGGACUUGCAAAAAGCGCACUCCAAGCAUCCAGACGCAUUUGUGUUUUCAGUAGAGCCUUCCAAAGACAUCUACAAAUGGUUCCACGAAAGAUUUUUGUUUCAGAAAAAGUUUCUGGACCCAGAGAGCCAGGUUGAGUAUGGCUAUGCCUUGAAUAAUGGCAGCCACGUUAUAUGGCAUUUGAACUACUGGCCAGAUGAAAAAGCAUUGUACAUUUUGAAAGUAUACACUAGUGGCGAGACUAUUGCAGAAAGGGACGCAAACCUGAAAGACUUGAUGGCCCGUACUAUCCAAGAAGCUAAGAAGAACGGCGUGGAGCGUUUGCAGUUCUGGAACUCUGAGCUUGGACAACAGGACUGGAGUAAACCUUUUAUGGCGUCUUUGCAGAAAAAGGAGAAACCAUCUAAUCUGUAUCAGGAAAAUCCUUCACUAAGUGCCAUUCGGAUCGCUAACGUGAAACCUGAAGACAUAGUUUGGGAACACAAUGCCAAAUUCUGCUGGUUCUAG